CCCUAGCAGUACUGUUUUUUUUUUUAUUAGAGAUCCAACCCCUCACUCUUUUCUCCACUUAUUUUUUUUAAUACUCAGUAUACACAUAUAUAUAUAAUGGUUAACAGUGCUGUUGCAAAUGUUGGACGUUGGUCUGCUUUAGCCUUUGGUCUCUUUUAUGGCUAUACCCACAAUAUUUCUUUGCAAAAGCAAGCUGAACAAAAAAAAGCCGAGGCAGAAUAUCAUCGUAAAGAACUUUUGAUUGAACAAGCUAGACUUGCUUAUGCUAAGAAACAAGCCGGUGUCAUUAAAACUGAUGCAGCAGAAGUUACAUUUGAUAUUGAGAGUCCUGAUUUCGAUUUGGAAAAAUACCUCGAACAGUUUGAAAAGGAAAGCAAUUAAUAGUCAAGUUGCUCAGUAUGCACGCACACACACUCUCUCUCUUUUCGUUAGUAAUAAACAAAAAAAAAACGUAUACAUAUCUAUAUUUAUCACCUGUAAAAGGUCUCAAAAAUAAUCAAGCAUUAUAAGAUAAAAUAAUAAUAAUAAAAAAAAAGGAGAAUUACCUGUAGAUCAAUGGAAGAUAAAAUAGGAUGUGCCUGACUUUUUGACCGAGAAGAUAGUGUAUAUUGGCAUGCGGUUAUUUGUUAAGUUUUCAC